AUGAAGGUCUUUGCCAAGCCCCUGCUUCUGGCAGCGCUCUUCCCCAUGGCCCUUGCCAGUCCCGUAUCUAAGAAAAGCGCAGGCGCAAAGAACUUACUAGUAUUUGGCGACUCUUAUUCAACGGUUGGCUUCUGGCCAGGCAGUGAACUCCCAUCAGCCUCGAAUCCCAUCGGAAACCCACAGCUACCGGGCCAGACAACCGCAGGUGGUAUUAACUGGGUUGGCCAUGUUACUUCCACUCUCAACACUUCACAGGUCUUGACAUACGACUUCGCCUACAGUGGAGCGACGAUUGACAAGAAGAUUGUGAAUUCAUGGGCGCAGUACUCCAUGUCCGACCAGGUGGCCUUGUACAAACAAUACGUCGCGCCUAAAAUAAGCGACGCGGAUACUUUGGUCGCUUUUUGGAUUGGCAUUAACGAUGUAGGCGAGUCGUUCUGGAGUAAGACUAAUGCGCCUGUCACCAAAUGCGUCGAUCGAUACUUUGAGCUUUUGAAAGAGCUCGUUGAUGAAGGUUAUAAGAAGUUUGUGUUGUUGAGCAUUCCCGCCUACGCCGACCAAUUCCCCAAGAUGAUAGGUCAACCUGAAGUCGAUCUGGCUCGCCUUAGGUCUGAUAUCACAUCCUACAACAAGGCCGUCAAGUCGAGAGCAGCCGCCUUUACUUCGUCCCAUCCAGAUGUCAAGGUCGAAAUAUUCGACACUAAGCCAUCUUUUGAUAAAGUCAUUGGUAACUACGCCGCGUACGGAGCUAAGGAUGCUACUUGUUUUGGAUCGAGUAACUGUCUUUGGGCUGAUGAUUACCAUGCGAGCGGCGCCAUUCAUAAGUUGCUGGCUCAGAACCUUGUCAAAGCUGUGAACGGCAUCUUUACUUUCUAG